AUGUAUUCUUUCUCCAUAUUCUGCUUCCCUCCACUUGUUCAUCUUGAGGACCUUUUGUUGCUUGUCCGACUCUUGCGGGCCACCAGCCUAUCUCCGUGUCCUGGCUCGGGUCAACCACGACUGCAUCAUCUCUUGACUCGACUGCCGGUCAGUCAUGUGUGCUGGUCUUCCUCUUUCCCUGAGAAGCCAGAAGAUGUUGACGUUGAGAUCUCGAAGUUUCGAUCAACCCUCCGCAAGCCUGGCUCCUCAGGUCGUUCUUCUGCCAACCAUCCGAAGGGCCCACGAGGACCCAUUAAGGCGGCAUCAGCCACCACGAAGACGACAUCAACUUGGCGGGCCGGCCAUAAAGUCCAUUCUCCCAACUUAGCUCCGGAACACAAGAAAAACCGUCGUCUGCCGGCUUUCCCGAUUCGCUUCGGCAAAACGACCAGACACGAUCCACCGAAAACCGAUCUCAGUUAUGAUCUGCCUUCCGUUCGCUUCGGCGGUGGUGAUGGCGACUGCAACUUCAGAAAAAGGGAGUCCAGAAAGAGUGGAUUCGCUGCAGCCUCGGGGACAAAGUCGAGGUUGUGGCCUAGGCCUUGGCGGACUUUGCAGAAGCGUACCUCAAACCCAGUACGGGUGUUCAAGUCUCGGAUAUGCAAUUACGCCAAUUACGGCAUAAAAAAGCGCAAAGGGAAGAGGGCUUCGUACAUGCGGCUUCGCCAAAUCAAAUCAAGACAUGGUGGUACCGCAGCUUUGGGAAGAUCAUCACUCUCACUUAACCGAAGCCAGGUUAGCUUGAGCAAGUGUUGA